GCGGCGGGGCCGCGCCGGCAGCAAUGAGGGCGCGCGAGCAGGAGCUGAAAAUGGAGAGCGACGUUCUAGACGCGCUGGAGGCUUUGGGGUAUAAAGGUUCCCUGUUAGAGGAGGAAGCACUUAGCAAAGCAGUAGAAAAUGGAUUAUCUUCACCAGACUUUUCUGAGCUUUGUGUUUGGUUAAGUUCUGAAAUAAAAUCAGUGUGUGACCUGGAAGAAAGCAUCACUUCAACAGCUGGUGGGGAAGAUGUAGAGAGCUUCCAGCUUGAGAUUAGUGGUUUUUUAAAAGAAAUGGCUUGCCCAUAUUCAACACUUGUGUCUGGAGAUAUUAAGGACAGGUUAAAAAAGAAAGAGGACUGUCUUAAACUCCUGUUAUUUUUAAGUACAGAGCUUCAAGCUUUACAGAUUUUGCACAGCAAGCAACUUAAAAGUUCUCAUUUGGAAAAGAAUAAUGAAAUCUAUCAGGAAGUGCAAACUCUCUGUGACUCGCUGGGCCUAUCAAAGCCAUCAUCUUCUGACAUUCCUCUCUUGUUAAGCAACAUGGAGUCAAAGAUCAAGGACAUUCUUUCAAAAGUUAAAAAUACCCAUGUAGGGAAACCGCUGCUAACAACACCUUUGAAUCCUGAUCAGACGGAAAGAUUGGAAAAAAUCAAUGAUGCUCUCCGCAGUGAAUAUGAAUGUCGUCGUCGGAUGUUAAUGAAGCGGCUUGAUGUGACCGUACAAUCCUUUGGAUGGUCUGAUAGAGCAAAGGUUAAAACAGAUGACAUAGCAAGAAUUUAUCAGCCCAAACGUUACGCACUAUCUCCUAAAACAACCAUUACGUUUGCCCACCUUCUUGCUGCUCGAGAAGACUUAUCAAAGAUCAUAAGGACAAGUAGUGGAUCGACACGAGAAAAGACAACCUGCGCUAUCAAUAAGGUCCUGAUGGGGAGAGUGCCAGACCGUGGAGGCAGACCAACUGAGAUUGAACCACCACCUCCUGAAAUGCCCCCUUGGCAGAAGAGACAAGAAGGUGGUGGGAGGGGUGGUUGGGGGGGUGGAGGUGGGAGGGGUGGUUGGGGGGGUGGAAGUGGCAGAGGAGGAGGCGGUAGCUUCAGUGGUGGUGGUAGAGGUGGAGGUGGUUUCCAAGGACGGGGAGACUAUGGGGGCAGGGGGGGUUACAGUGGCAGAGGUGGCUAUGGAGAUCCGUAUGGUGGAAGAGGAGGAGGAUACAGAAGAUACUAACAACAACAUUGUAAAUACUAAUAACUGACAAAACAUGGUUGUGAUAUUUACUGUAGCAGGAGGUGUGUAUAUUAGCAAUGGUUUAGUGUUAUGAUAGGAAAGUUAAUUAUGAUCUCUUUAUUAAUGAAUCACUGCAUUUGAUCCCUGAUAUUAUCACUAAAUCCUGUUAGUCAACUGAACAUUUUUUAUACCGAAAUGUGAUAUCUUAAAGUAGUCCUCUUUUUGCACUGCUCAUGUAUAUUCUUAAAGUUUGUUUUUUUUUAAUAACAAACUUCAAAAAAGUGAAUAGAAACAAUGAAUUUUCCUUUUUUCAAUGUUACUAUUUUAUGUUCCGAUCUCUUUAAUUAUUGCCAGUCAUACCCAGAAUACAGGAAGUGAUUUAGGAGGCAUUUGGCUUUGUAGGACAUACUUAGUUUUAUAUGUUUUAAAAGGACUGUAGAAUGCUGGUUCCUGCUUCUUGUCUUGUUCCAUACAGAGGACUGAAAGAAUUAAAAAAAUGUAACAUCAGAAGUAAAUUUAAAAUAUUCUAAAAAUUUUAAAACAAAAACAACUUCAUUUUUUUCCAAGUGAUGUAUUGAAUCCAUGCUAUUCCAUGGUCAACAAAACAAGGCUAUGCUGUAUUUAUAUAUAAUGUAUACAAAUAUUUCAAAGCCAAAAACUUGCAUUGUAAAAACUGAUUUGUGAUGAACCUUGAUAGGUAAAAUGAAAAUGAUCUGCUAAAAGUAGUAUUCUAUGAAACUUACUUUAAAAUCAGACCCCAACCAUCUAACACCUAGCCAGCCAGUCACUUACAUAGUCUUCUGUAGCGCACAAACCCCAGAAGGCUGAGUAAGAUGACUGCACUGAACUGUCCUGUUGAGAAGGAAAUCAGUCACAGGCUCUGUGUCUGGGAGUUGGUCAGUGGGCAAAGAGAGCUCAUAUAACAAUGCCCUUCUUCCACCUCCCCAAAAAUAAUUGCAGUUACAGGGAUGAGAUCCUUUUUCUCCUCCAUUGCCUCCUGCCCCCAAAUACUACUCCACUCACUCUUUGUAUCAGUUUGGGUGCUCUCAUUUUGAUUGAAAUUGGUGAGGAUUGUAAUCAUGUAGGAUUUUUAGAGAUGUAUUUGGCCCUUUAGGUUGUCCAGCCUAUUUACUCUCCAGCUGUCGGUCAGCUUAGUGGGGAGGCAUUAAACAUGUGGCUACUCUUGAGACGGGUCCCCGGGGUCUGAUUACCACUAGUAACAUCUGAGUGGGCAGAAUCAGAGCCUUUCCUUGGGAAAGGGGAGUAACUUAUGUGGCUGAGGCCAAGAAGAAAGUCUCUCAAAACAGGGAGCAGUGUCCACAACUGCAGAGCACAGAAAACUUGAAGAGUUUCCGUAGCCUAUGUAGCUGCAGAAGUAGCUUUAAGCUGAAUAGGACCUGCUUUUCGUUCUUAUGUGCUAGAGUUCUGAGGCUGGAUCCUUCUUUAUUAACUUCUCAUGAAUGUUCCAGUCUAAUAUAUUCUGGUUUUGGGGUCUCAUAUGGGCCCCCUUGACUCCAGCAGGAGCCUCAUGUACAUGUAUUUGUGCCAAAAUAUGGCCCAAGGCUGUAUUCAACAUUAAAAAUGAUUCUCUCUCCCUCAAAUAUCUUCCUCUAUUCUUACAAGAUUAGUUAUAACAACACUUCUGUUGGUUUUUUUUUUAACUCAUUUGAACUUUUCGUUUAGACUGAAUAUAGUUUUUCCCAGUCCUGACCUCUUCUCCUGUCUGGAGACUGGCUGAGAGCACUACUUUAGCUCACUUCUGCCACAGAUGUCUUAACAGCAUUGAAGGAAAACCCUACUUCCCUUUGCUUCCACUUUGAGGUCAGCUUGGUGUGAGCAGAGAGCCCUUGAAUCCUACAGUAAUGGGGUCAUGAGCAACCAAAGGGCACUAUUUUGAAAAAGCUGUUUAUAGAAUUAAGAAAGUGAUUUUUCCAUCAGCAGCUCCUGGCCUACUGUAGCUGUCAGCUGACUGUUUCACUCAGCUUCUGGCACUACACAACAUCACCACCAGUUCCUCUCCUGCACAUGCUUCUUGUGUUAGAUCAGAGUCACUGACAGCCUCCUGCCGCAUUAGGGAGAGAAGUAAGUAGGGAGUGUGGAGAGCAGUGUUUACAGGUAUGCUUAGCUUAGUUCUGCCCUGUCCGAUAUUUCGGUCAGGAUGGGGACAAAAGUUCAAUACAGAACUCUGCUGUUCUCAAGCUGGCUCUGUAGAAUAACAACCAGGAGGAAAAGAGAGAGAAAGGGAAACUGUUCCUUCUCUUCCUUUCCUCACAGUCCCUAAGCUGAAGUUCUUCCUGUUUGUCCCAAAGUAGUGUUUUGAUGACUUCUGCUACAAGGGACAUCUGAAUAGCACCAAGCGGCUGAGGCUAGUAAAAUCUAAGGGCUUGUCUAUAUGCUAUAGUUGCAACAGUUUAAGUAAAGGUGAAAUAUCUUGCUGAUUUUUAGUUAAACAGGCACAGCUUUGUGUGUGUGUAGCCACUCUUACAUUGGUUUUGAACUAGCUUAGCAUGCCUGUGACAGGAUUGAUGUAAAUCAGACAGACAGAAAUCAAGUAUAAACCCAUGUAAGAGUGGCCACACAAAGUUGUACCAAUUUAACUAAAUUGGUGCAACAUCACACUUUAGUUAUAUCGGUGCACCUUCAGCAUGGAGACCAGACCUAAAACAGAUCUGAAAUAAACUGGGGGGUUUUACUUUGCCCACUGAAACUUUCUUAUAACCUUUCAAAAUCUGAAGCAUUAAGAAAGUAAAAUGAACAAGUAUGUACACUUCAGAGAUGACAUUAUUUUGUCUCCCCCGUGCAGUAUGUAUGUUUUUAACUUUCAAAAGAUGCAAUAAAAUCUUCUAAAAAUAGAUUUGAUUUAAACCUC